AUGCCUGUCCGCUUCAAGGGUCUGAGUGAGUAUCAGAGAAACUUUCUGUGGAAAAAUUCACAUCUCUCUGAGUUCAGUAAUUCUCCAGAAAAGCAAAAAAGUCCAUGGGCUGGACUUCGAUCAGAUCAAAUAGGAAUCACAAAAGAACCAAGUUUUAUUUCAAAGAAAAGAGUUCCUUAUUAUGACCCAGAAAUUCACAAAUCUCUUGAAUGGAAGGCAGAAGAUGGCUCUGAGAAUGAGUUGGUUGAAUUACCAGAACCCAAAGUCCAAGAAGUGCCAAAAUCUCAGGAAACAAAAGAAAAAAUUGACCUGACUGAAGAAAGAAUUUUAACCCCUGAAGGCCCAAGAGUGCCCAAGAGGGUUCGAUCUCACUCUGCUGACUCUGGAGCUGAAGAAACCAUCCACCCAGUGGUAAAUAAUAAAGAAGUAAUUUCAGAUCCUACACAAUUAAAUAGGAAUACAGAAGCACAAAAGUCUACUCAAGAUCUUUUAGAAAAUGCCCAUAACCAGCCGUGGGACAGGAUUCUACGGAGGAAGGCAGGAUUGUCUGUUGCUGCUCCCCUAUAUCCUUCCCUCAGAAAUUCUGAAUAUCAAAGACAGUUUGUAUGGAAGACCCCAAAGGAGAACUCUCCACUUCUUGCAGCUGAUCAGAUUUUUUUUAGUAAAAAUAAAACUGUCCCACCAUUCAAAAUUGAUGCAACUAUCCCUGAAACAGAAUACAAGAGGAAUUUCAAAGGUUUGUCUCCAGAGAAAGAAAUAUUCAGACAUGAUUUGAAAGAGAAUGAAAAUCCCGAAAUUGAUUCCCCUGAGAAGAGUAGUAAAAAAGAAAAUUCAUCAAAACCGAGGGAAGCAGAAAUGGAACCAAAAGACAAAAUUUCUCCCCGUAAAUAUCAAAGGUUUGGGAAAACAAACACUGAAUAUAGAGCUAAAUUUUUGUCCCCAUCUCAGUAUUUAUACAGAGAUGGAGCUUGGAAACGGGUGAAGGAAAAUAUGCUGAAUCAGGGUUCUCAAAACACCCUAAAUUCCAUGUGGUAUGCUGAGGUUAAAGAACUUCGAGAGAAAGCUGAAUUUUAUAGAAAACGGGUGUAUGGGACACAUUUUUCCCGGGAUCAUCUGAACCAGAUUCUCUCUGAUAACAAUUGCUUAUGGGAUGUCUCUUCUGUGACCAGCUCAGAAGGAACUAUUAGUAACAACAUCAGAGCCCUGGAUCUUGCUGGAGUUCCUGCGAGUCACAAGGCAUCACAGGGCCAUGAUUCCAGAAAAAAAGCAGAAGAAAAGCCACCUCUGGCAACAGUAUGCCAGAAAGAUACUACAGAAAAAUUGGGUGUGUCUGAUGUUCCCACCCUUCCUGUUAGGAGAAAACUUGCUUGGGAUGAAGGCAGCACCAAUGAUCAAAUACAGAAUCAUAAAAUAAGAACGGAAGAAGAGAAAGGGGAAAAUGACAAGCAGCAUCAUCUGGAGGAGGGCAAGGAAGUAGUAGAACAUGAGAGCGACAUCAAGAGAGAUAGGAUCCAAGAAAGAGAGACUGCUUCCCUCCAGAGUGCUUCAGCAGAUAGGUCAGAUUCUUCUUCUGUGUCCUCAGGAAAAGGUGGCCGGCUCCCAACUCCAAAGCUAAAAGAACUUGGUGGAGCCCCAAGAACUCAUCAUGAUCUAACUACUCCAGCCGUUGGGGGUGCUGUUUUAGUGUCUCCAUCUAAAGUGAAGUCUUCAUUCCCAGAACAUAGGAAAAAAAAGGCCUCCUCAGAUAUCUUGGGAGAAAUUUCAAAAAAUGAAUCUCACAGGAAAGAACAUGCGGCUAGACCCUUACCAACUCCUCUGGCAGCUGGCCUGAAAACCAUGGAUCCGCUCCCUUUGAGGGAUGAGAUUGAAAUCAAUAUUUCCAAACCCGAGGGAGCCCGUCCAGGCCCCAAGUACCCUGAACAUUCCAUAACUGUCCCCAUGCACGGGACUAAGCCUCUUGGUGCGCCAUCUUACUGGAAUCCAUCUUGUCGCAUUCAGGGGUCACUCAGAAAUGCAGAGUUCCAGCAUAACGGAAAUCUUGUGAGCCCAAGAACAGGCUAUUCCCAUUUACCUCACCAAGAAGUCUAUAACGAUGAAGAUGAUGACAGAUUAUCCCAGAUCUCUGCGCGGUCUGCAGCCUCUAGUUUGAUGGCUUCACAAACUCUGGCACGUGCUCAGAAAAGGAAAGAGAAUUUUUGGGGCAAAAGAUAGUGCUCUUUAUGGCCAGCUCUUUCCAUUUUGUUCACUCUUGUGUGAUGAUUUUUUUUUUUUCAUUAUAUAUGGGAUUGAGGUUUUUAAAGUAUUUGAGAAUCUUAUAUUUUUGAGGGAAGAGAAGGUUGACUUUUUCUAAGGAUAUAAAUGAGUAACUAUUCUAAUAGUUAUUUUAAUUUUUUUCUUUAGGUAGACAAAUUGAAUUUUAAUUUUAAAUUAUUUCCCUGUUAGACUUAUGCGAAAAGGUAUGAUUGGAUUAGGCAGGCCUUCACAUGUUCUGAAGUCGCUGUUUGUCAUCCAGCAGAGUUGAUAGAAUUGAGAAUUACAGCUAUGUUACCAAGAGUAUUCUGAAAAGAUAAACUAUGUAGAAGCUAGGAACUAAGUUUGAAAUGGGUGAUUCUGUAGGACUGGUUACCUAUCUUCAUAAAUUAAAGAUAUUAUAAAUUGAAAUUGAAUUUUUGCCCACAAUAUUCACUUAUAGUUUUUUUAAUUAAAAAAAAUUUCCUUCAGAAUAGAGUUACUCUUUUAGUAUGAUUG